AUGCGUCAUGACCAUGUUCAGUCGCCAGCUCGCUCGUCGGGCGGCACCCGCCACCUCCCUCGCCGCUGGGCACAUGCUGGCUCCGCUGCUGCCCUCCGCGGGCUGAAUACCGUCACGGAGGAGGACUUGGCGCACUUCGCCCAGUUCCUCCCCCCGACGUCCAUCCUCUCCACUCUAACUCCCUCACCCUCACCGGCGGAGGAGCUUGCGCCGUUCAACAACGACUGGAUGAACAAGUAUCAUGGCAAGUCUACCACCGUGCUGAAACCGCGCACCACAGAGGAGGUCAGCAAGAUAGUCAAGUGGUGCAGCCAACGCCGGAUUGGCAUAGUGCCCCAGGGAGGGAACACCGGGCUCGUCGGGGGCGGCGUGCCCAUAAAUGAUGAGCUCAUCCUGAGCCUUUCCAACAUGACAAAGGUUCGCUCGUUUGACGACGUCUCCGGCAUUCUCGUCGCGGACGCCGGGUGCAUCCUCCAGUCACUCUCGGACUACCUCGCACCCUACCACCACAUCGUUCCCCUCGACCUUGGCGCGAAGGGCAGCUGUCAAAUCGGUGGCAAUGUGUCCACGAACGCUGGCGGGCUUCGGUUGCUUCGCUACGGCUCCCUGCACGGUUCCGUGCUCGGUCUCGAAGUCGUGCUGCCCGACGGCACCGUGCUCGACCAGUUGACGUCGCUUCGGAAAGACAAUACCGGGUACGACCUUAAGCAGCUCUUCAUCGGUGCGGAGGGCACGCUCGGGGUCGUCACUGGGGUAUCUAUCCUCGCGGCGCCAGCGCCGCAGGCGUCGAAUAACGUCAUCCUCGCCCUCCCCAAGUUCGACAACGUCCAGCCGCUGUUCAAAGAGGUCAAGCGCCAACUUUCCGAGAUCCUCUCCGCGUUCGAGUACAUGGACCGGACAGUGUACGACCUUGCGGUGAAGCACGGCCAGGGCCGCGCGCUCGACCCGCAGGACGUCGAGGGCGCCGAGUGCUUCGUCCUCGUCGAGACGAGUGGUGGGAAGCGCGAGCAUGACGAGGAGGCAAGUCACAUCCCGCUUCCGGACGCGCAGAAACUGAACACUUUGCUCGAGACGCUCAUGGAGGCGGACGAGCCGCUCAUCAACACCGGCGUGCUCGCGACGUCGCCCGCGCAGUUCUCCGCGCUCUGGGCGAUCCGCGAGGGCCUCACGGAGGCGGUCUCGAAGGAGGGCAAUGCGUACAAGUACGACGUGUCCGUACCGCUCGACAAGUUCCAGGAGGUCGUCGACAAGACUCGCGAGCACUUGCAGCAGAAGGGCCUCCUGCAUGCAGACGCGGUCAAGUACGUCGUGGGCUACGGGCACGUUGGUGACAGCAACCUUCAUCUGAACAUUGUUGCUGCGGCAUAUACUCCUGAGAUCGAAGCUGCCCUGGAGCCGUUCGUUUACGAGCUUGUUGCCUCGUACAAGGGUUCCAUCUCCGCAGAACACGGAAUUGGCUACAUGAAAACUCACGCUCUGCAAUACUCGAAGAACCCUACGAGUAUCGACAUCAUGAAGAGAAUCAAGCACCUGUUUGACCCGCAUGGUAUCAUGAACCCUGGCAAGGUUCUCCCCUGA